AUGCGUCUUAAUACGUUCCUAAUGGCAAUAUUGGCUGUUUCCCUUCUCUGGUGCUUUGAUCAUGUCAGAGCGCAGCCGAAGCUCACAAAGAUUGCAUCGUUGAAGGGUGCGGAUAAUAUUGGUGAGAUAAAUACAGAGGCUAUCAUUUCAAGACAAGAUUCACUCCAGAAGCUCGAGUCUUUGCAUAGAGACAAUAAUGUAGAAAGUUUUGCCGCAAGUCAUGUUAAGACGCCGGAUCACGCAGUACCAGAAGCUGCCGCAGUCGAGGUUGGAGUCAAUACCGCUACCGCUCUGAAGAAUGAUGAGACGUUGGGUGCCGAAGGUAAAGCCGCUGCCGCUCUGAAAAAGGAAGAGACGGGGGAUGAAACAGCCACAACUGGGGCUAAAAUUACCGCUGCGCAUGGAGAUGAUGCCGCAAACGGUCUGAAGGAUGGUACACACAUCCUUGAACAUGUUGACAAAAACUAUCCCCCACUUGCGGCCGCCGUGAAAAACGCAGAAAAGCAAGGCGUUGACGUACAGAAAACGAUGCAACUUGUUGAGGCAGCUCCGCAUAUGGAUAUGUUUAAGAGUAAAUCAAAAUGGACUAUUUUUUGGAUGGUCCUGUCCUAUCUCGUCGGUGGAAUCACUGGUGCUCUUAUUUUUUACGGUUUGAAGUCAAUGGGUUAUCUAGAUGGGUACAAGAUGCCUUUUUAG